UGUAUGCAAAAUAUGUUUGCGCUAACCAUAUUUAAGUGAAUGAUCUAAAUAAAAUAAUUUUUGUUAGAAGAGAUUUAUGUAUCAAUGAUUUUAAGGUUAACAUAAUUUUUCUUAGAAGAGAGAUGAAGAAAGAAUUCGAUGAUAAUUUCACUACUGGUGAAACUACCACUGAUGUUAGACAGAAAUGGUACGAGGAAUAUCAGAAGGCAGGAGGACCCUGCAAGCACUCCAAGUCCGAAGCCGACGUUCUGCAUUUAAGGGAUGAGGGAAAGAGGUAUCUGGAUACAGAAACCACUGCCUUUCAGUUGAAACAAUCCAGAUCACAUGAUUCAGAGACGAAGUGGUUAAAAACUGCAUUGCAACGAGGUACCACCUCGGAUAAAAUAGCAGCCAGUAUAGUGCUGGUACAAGAUAAUCCCAAAUAUAAUCUCAGUCGUCUGAUAUCCCUGAUAUCUCAAGUACGAGGCGCCAAGCACAAUCAAUGUGGCAUGAUUAUUACAUCGUUGAAAGAACUUUUCCUGGAGGAUUUGUUGCAUCCUAAAUUUAAAUUAUUAAAAUUAGGAGAACAGGACUUGGACAAGCUCAAUAUAGAGAAUGAAUCAGAUUCCAUUAUUAAGACAAAUACCGCUAGAAAUAGAUUGUUGGCGCACUGGUAUUUCGAGGAUCAACUACGCGAACAGUACGAACGUUUUGUUCUAAAUCUCUCCGCGGUAGCUUCAGAUACGGUAGAUACAAACCGUGAGAAAGCCAUAUCUGCAAUGAGUGGUCUGUUGAUAGAUAACUCCGAACAGGAGCACAAGUUGCUGGAGUUACUUGUGAAUAAACUCGGCGAUCCGAGCAGUAAAGUUGGAUCCAAAGCUGUAUUUUGUAUAAAUAAACUACUGUAUGAACAUCCGAACAUGAAACUCGUAAUUUUGCGUGAAGUUGAAAAAUUGUUAUUUAGAAGAAAUGUGAGCCAGCGUACUCAGUAUUACGCUAUAUGUCUGCUAUCGCAAUAUGUUCUGAAUAAAAAUGACGAGGGAGUAGCUGCUACACUGAUAGAAGUGUACCUUGCAUUUUUCAAAGCGUGUUUGAAGAAAGGGGAACCUGAUAGUAGAAUGAUGGCAGCAAUUCUAAUGGGUGUUAGUAGAGCAUAUCCUUUUGCCAAAAUAGAUUCAAAGAUAGUAAAUGAACACAUUGAUUCUAUUUACAAAGUGGUACACCUUGGGUCGUUUAAUGUCUCUCUCAAUGCACUUAACUUGUUGCAUCAGAUAACAAGCAAGGAUGAGUCUCAGGCGAACCGAUUUUAUUCGGCCUUUUAUAGAAAGUUAUUCGAUCGGCAAAUAGGAGUAGCGAAUAAGCAUGGGGUGUUUCUUAACUUGUUGUAUCGAGUUCUUCAGAGGGAUCAAAGUAUAUUACGUUCAUAUGCUUUUAUCAAAAGAAUCUUGCAGAUUACAUUUUAUUUUCCUGCGAAUAUGGUAUGUGCCAUGCUCUACAUUAUCUCCAAAGUUCUUCAAGGACGCAAAGACUUAAAACAUAUGUUGCUUGAACCAUGUGAGGCUAUUAAAGUCGAGAAUGAUGUAUGUGAAGUAAACGAUAGUUUAUCAGAUACGGAAGACGUUCGUGUAAUAGAAAAUGAAAACUCUAUUAUGCUAUCGAAUAUCACGGUUGAUGCGGAUAGCGAAACGAAGUCGGAUGUGAAGAAAGAGACCGACGUAAAAGUUGAGAUGCAAGCUAUAAAAUCAUACGAUCCUUUUUGUCGGAAUCCUUUGUAUGCAGGUGCAACCAAAGGACUCAACGCCGAACUUGAAGCGUUGUCUAGGCAUUUCCACCCGAGCGUCUCUUUAUUCGCAAAUCAAAUUAUUCAAGGAAAACCGAUCGAGUAUACAGGUGAUCCUUUGGAGGAUCUGACGUUGAUUCGGUUUUUGGAUCGAUACGUUUUUAAGAAUCCGAAAAAGUUAGAGGCCAAGAAGGUGCAGAAAAAGAAUGAUCCUUUGGCACAACGCGCCGGAUAUACGCCUAAGGGUAUACGAUCCCUUCCGGUCGAUAGUGCAGCAUAUCUCGAUGAGAGAGAGGAGCGAAUACCAGUGGACGAGUUAUUUUUAUAUCGAUACUUGAAACAGAAGGAUAAGAUCAAAACGAGUGUUAAGAGAGAAGAUGAUGACGAAGAUAACGAAGACACAGACAGUGUCAACAGUGAAGAGUUCAAUGAUAUGUUGGAUCGUAUGGGCGGCGGCCAAAAUUUCGGUCAAGAUUUCGACGACUUAGAUAUCGCGGCGGAUAUCCAACCUAGGAAGAAGAAAGGUAAAGCGGAUGAAGAUUCUGAUGAUGACGAGGAUAACGAAGAUAAUGCUAGUCAAUCUGAAGAUGACGACAUCAUCGAUGAUGCAUCUGAAGAUCUUGAUGAAGAUGACGACUUGCAAGAUUUAAACGAUAUCGAUCUUGCAGAUAUAGAUGAUGAAAAUCUGAGCGAUAUCGAGUUCAACGGUUCCGAAGACGAAGAGACUGUAGAUGACGAAUUAAUUUCGAGUUUGAAUAAAAAAUUAAAUGCGAAAAAGGGUCCGAAAAGUAAAGAAAAGAAAGAAAUUGAUAGCAAUAUAUUCGUAUCAGCAGAAAAGUUCGCUGAAAUGUUGGAGGAACAAAAUAAAACAAAGGGAAAGCACGGUGGUAGUAACGUUUUUAGCAGUAGUGACGGUGCUAGCGCAAAGCAGAUAGAUUGGGAAAUGAAACGACAUCAACGGUUGAAAGGAUCAUUUGGGAAAAAGCGAAAGUCUGUUCAAUCGUCUAAUAAUAAUUGGGCUAAAAAAUUCAAACGAUGAAUAUGUAAUAAACAUAUUUCAUAAACAACUUUACAUUUUAUUACAAUAAACUUUGCUUUCCGAUGACUUCUGUUUUAUUUGAAGAUCACUGUAAACAAUGAAAUCUAAAACGAAUAAUAUUUAAUUAUUUGUGUGUGUGUGUGUGUGUGUGUGUAUAUAAGCAUUUGUCUCCUUUAUGAAAUUUUUAGGCAAAAAAGUUUGCGUCACUAUAAUACUACACUAUAAUUUUGCUUAUAUGUUAUUAUUGUGCAUAACAAUUUAUUUUCAAUAUAAACAUAUUUAACAAAACAUGAGAUAGGCCAAUGAGUACAACGCAAAUCGCAAUGCGUAAUAAAUUUGAUAAAUUAUAAAACCAAAUACAAAAUUUCGUACGUUUCGACUCAUCCUCAGCGAACAUAAGAUUCAAAUAACCAAUCACAUCCCUUGUCAAAUAGACGAUUACUGAAUUCAAACAGUUAUUGCGCGUUGCGAUCUGCGUUGUACUAUCAUUGGCCUGUCUCAAGUUUUGUUAAUUUUGCAAGCUUAUUAAUAUUUCAAUAUUGUUAAACAUAUUUAAUGUUUACAUUGGACUUAUUAAUAUGAAUUCUCUUUUUAUAGUCAAAGUAAUCAGUCAUUUAGAAUGUAAUAUUUUAAUUUGAAACAGAAAAAAAUUUUUUAA